AUGGCUGCACUGAGCAGGUUCAUCUCCAGGCUGUCCGACAAGUCGCAUGCCUUCUUCGAAACCUUGAAGGACCCCAAGGACUUCCAGUGGACCGAUAAAUGUGAGCAAGCCCUAUCUGAUUUAAAGUCCUAUCUCACUACUCCACCUCUCCUCUCAAAACCUUUGGAAGGUGAUGUCCUAUUGCUCUAUCUGGCGGUAUCAGAGCACGCAGUCAGUACGAUCCUGGUAAGGGAAGAAGGAAGGAAACAGCACCCUAUCUACUACGUGAGCAAAUCAUUGCUAGACGCGGAAACCCGCUAUUGUCACCUUGAGAAGCUGGCCUUCGCCUUAGUUAAUGCGUCUCGAAAGCUACGCCCCUACUUCCAGGCUCACCACAUCGCCGUGGUCACUUCCUUCCCCAUCAAAGCGGUCCUUCAUAAGCCGGAAGUAUCCGGACGACUAGCAAAAUGGGCUAUUGAGUUGGGGGAGUACGAUGUGAUCUUCCGGCCUGCAACGGCCAUCAAAUCGCAAGUCCUGGCAGAUUUCGUAGCCGAAUUCUCUCCUGCCAUGCUUCCAGCCCUGGAACAAGAGGUAAAGCUUCAUGAUAGCAAAGGGGAGAAAGGUGAAUGGACGCUGUACAUUGAUGGGUCUAGUAAUGCAAGGAGCGCAGGCGUGGGACUAGUCCUAACUUCCCCUACGGGGGAAUAUGCCUCAAGGGCCGUACGAUGCAACUUCAAAGCAACGAACAACGAAGCUGAAUACGAAGCUCUAAUAGCAGGCCUGACACUCGCCAAACAAAUGGGAGUAGAAGAUAUCCAGGUCUUCAACGACUCACAACUGAUCAUAAGCCAAGUCCAAGGAGACUACCAGGCAAAAGAUCCGAGUAUGAUCAGGUACCUAUCCGUGGCUAAGCGACUACUCUACAGGUUCCGACACUGUAAGCUCACACUGAUCCCUAGGGAGCAUAACUCCCAGGCCGACGCUCUAGCUAAUCUAGGGUCCGCCCUAGAAACUACAAGUCAUAUGAACAUCCCGCUCCUAGUACUCCAAUGGCCCGCAACCGAAAAGGAGACAGAGCCUGAAGAAGUGUCCGUAGUAGACGAAGGAGAGACCUGGAUGACUUCCAUCAUUAGCUAUCUGAGGUAUGACACCUUGCCUGAAGACCAAGACGAAAGUCGGAAGAUAAGGCGUCAAGCUGCUAGGUACUGCUUUUCCGAAGGGAAACUAUACCGAAUAACCUUCUAA